CUCCGCUGCCGCCGCUCAGGCGCCGCCAUCUUGUCACCCCCAGCCGAGGGGAGGCAGCGCCCCUCCCCGCAGCGCCGGGCCCGGCCUCGGGCAGCCAGGCCCCGGCACCCCUCCCCUCCCCGCCAACCGGACACUGCCCCCUCCGGACACCUGCUCCGGCCCGCCCCAGCCCGGCCCCGGCCGCACCGGGGGAGGCAGGCUCCGUGCCCCGGGCCGGGGCAGGAUGGCAGGGCCGGUGCCCAGCCGGGCCAGGGUCUACGCCGAUGUCAACACGCAGCGGCCCCGCGAGUACUGGGACUACGAGUCACACGUCGUGGAGUGGGGCAACCAAGAUGACUACCAGCUGGUGAGGAAGCUCGGCCGGGGCAAGUACAGUGAAGUCUUUGAAGCCAUCAACAUCACCAACAACGAGAAAGUGGUGGUGAAAAUCCUCAAGCCAGUGAAGAAGAAGAAGAUCAAGCGAGAGAUCAAGAUCCUGGAGAACCUGCGAGGAGGCCCCAACAUCAUCAGCCUGCUGGACAUCGUCAAGGACCCCGUGUCCCGGACACCUGCCCUGGUCUUCGAGCAUGUCAACAACACAGAUUUCAAGCAACUGUACCAGACGCUCUCCGACUUCGACAUUCGCUUCUACAUGUAUGAAAUCCUGAAGGCCCUGGAUUACUGCCACAGCAUGGGCGUGAUGCACCGCGACGUCAAACCGCACAACGUCAUGAUCGACCACGAGCACAGAAAGCUUCGCUUGAUUGACUGGGGGCUGGCAGAGUUCUACCACCCUGGGCAGGAGUACAACGUCCGUGUGGCCUCGCGCUACUUCAAGGGCCCAGAACUCUUGGUAGAUUACCAGAUGUAUGACUACAGCUUGGACAUGUGGAGUCUGGGCUGUAUGUUGGCCAGCAUGAUCUUCAGGAAAGAGCCCUUCUUCCAUGGCCAUGACAACUAUGACCAAGCACUCGCGGAAGCGGUGGGAGCGCUUCGUGCACAGCGAGAACCAGCACCUGGUGAGCACAGAGGCCUUGGACUUCCUGGACAAGCUGCUGCGCUACGACCACCAGACGCGGCUGACGGCGCGCGACGCCAUGGAGCACCCCUACUUCUAUCCCAUCGCCAAGGAUCCAGCCAGAAUUGGCACUUCAGCCACGCUCUCGGCCACCAACACGCCCGUCAGCUCCUCCAGUAUGUUGGCAGGCAUCACCUCGCUGUCAUCAUCGCAGCCCAUGGGCACCUUGGCCCUCUCGCCUGUCAUCUCCUCACCCAGCGCCUUGGGUUCUCCUCUUCCCACCGCUGCCACCGCUGGCGUCCAACCCUGAUGGCCUGCAGGUGUUCUUCUCCUCUGAGGCCACCACGCUGGGGUGCCACACUUGCCUUCAGCCACCCCCUGGGACCUUCUCUGGUCCCUCCCCGGGGGAGGGAUUGGUUUUACUCUGAUUUCUGUUGAAGAUGGGCAAAAAAAUAACAACCAACAAAGGUCAGUUCUAGGAGGUGGUGUUUGUGGUGGGGUGAUGGACCUCCAGAAGCUCUGCUUGCUGGCCCCAGGUUGAGCUUGGUGGGGGGGUUUGGGCCACCUUUUUCUCCUGAGGAUCAUGGUCUGGUGCCACCAUUUGGGUGGAGAAAGCAGAAAAAAAGAGAAAACAAAAGGAAAAUAAACUUUAUUUUCUAUGUCCCGA